AUGCUGGUUACCUACUUGGAAGCCAGCCGGGACCUUUGCGAGACGGACUCAAUUCUUUUUGGCGCCGCACUGGCAGUCGGCCGUAUUAUAGGCGCCAAACUUUCCACGGCUGGACGCGCUACUGGACAAAGUAGUGCUAUCCCAGCCUGGAGAAUAAGAAUUGAAGAACGUAUCGCAAGGGCUAGGGCCCUCAUCGGCAGACUGAUAUGCUUCAGGUCAGGCAAUACCAGGCCAAGGAUUGUGCGCACCGUCAGGAUGGCGUUUGCUGGGACAAAUGUUAGUUUGUCCCAGCCGGAUAUAACGCAAAAACUGACGGAGCGCAUAGACGACCUGAAGCAAAGAAUCGCUGCUUGGGGAAAGCGGAUUCGGCGAUAUACCGAGAGGUUGACGCGGUUCAACCAGAAUCGUCUCUUCCAGAGUGAUCAGAAGAGGCUCUACAAACCAUUGGAGCGACCAAUAGUAAGUGGAACGGGCCCAGCACCAAAUCAGGCCGACACGGUCGCAUUCUGGCGCAGCCUGUGGUCAGAGCCCGUAAACCACAACGAGGGCCCUUGGACGGAAGUUGUGGCGAGUCAGUGUGCGGGUAUUACGCCCAUGGACCCCGUCAUCAUAACGCCGGAUGACGUAGCUGAGGCGGUCCGUAGGGCCCCGAACUGGAAAAGUCCGGGGCUUGACGGGCUGCAUCACUACUGGCUGAAGGGGUUCAUGGUGUGUCACGCUGUGCUCGCCCGACAGUUUCAAUAG